UGAUUCGAUCUAAUGAAUAUACACGUGUGUGUGAAUUUCUUAAUAAGAAACAAAUUUGUUUGUUCAUAUUUGCAUACCCUUAUAUCUUAAUCUCACACAAAUUCAAUGGCUAAUCACGUGUUAUCACAGUAAGACUAUUUCCCCUCCUCUUUUUUUUUUCAAAUGAAGCCAAAGCAAAUAGAGGUACAGUCACGUUUACAUGGUAAAAAUAACAUGCCAAAUCCCACUCACACUCAUGCAUAAAUUGUGACUCUUUUCACUGCACAAAAAUUCUUUCUGCCUUGUUGCACCAAAUAACACGUACUACCCCCUCUAUAUAAUGUGCAUUUCAACAACAUUUUUACUUAACAAAUUCAAUCAUGGGUGGGGUGUUAUUGUGGCUAUUGUUAAUCAUGAUUUCUAUUUCUGGAUUUUGCAAAGGUGCUGUGUACAAAGUCGGUGAUUACGCGGGGUGGACUAUUGUCGACAACAUGGAUUACAACAAAUGGGCUUCUUCCAAGACCUUUCGCGUCGGCGACACGCUUAUUUUCGAGUACGAUAAUCUGUUCCACAAUGUGUUGGAAGUGACCCGAUCGGAGUUCCACUCGUGCGACGCAGAAUCUCCAAUCGCCACAUACGACAGCGGGAAUGACUCGGUGGUGAUACGUAGCCCCGGACACUAUUACUACAUAUGUGGUUUAGAGGGCCACUGCCAGGCUGGACAGAAGGUUGAUAUAAGGGUGCCCAAGUCUAAUGAGCCCGCCAAAGGCCCAAUUCAAAGCCCGAUUCAAGUAACUGGUGGUGCUACCGCUCCAAAGGGCUCUCCUAUUGGUACAAUGGCACCAGGCCCAUCUCACAGUGGUGGAGAGUCUCUAAACAAUUGGCUGUUAUCUUACAAUCUUGGGGUUUUGCUUAGUCUUGUUUUGAUUUUCUAUUAACAUUGGGUUACUUUUAUUAGGUUUAUCGAUCGGCUUAUGUAUUUUUUGUUCCUGUAAUUCGGUUGCUAUUUUUAUGUAUUUUUAUUUAACUAGAAACCCGUGGAGGGUAAUUUGGUAAUUUUCUUUUAGUAUAUUAUGACGAUAUGAGUAUUCGUUUUCUAGCAUGAAACAAAUUCCUACAGCAGUGUACAAUUUUUCGAAUAUCGUGUUUAAGUUAAUUUGUUAGGCUGUUUUCUUCUCUUGAACGAGAAAAUUAGUUAUGAAAAACCUGCAGUUAUGUUUAAUUAAUUUAUCGAAAAAUUGUAUACCGGACAUUGGUUUCCAAUCGAAUAAUCGUAAAAACCAGUAUAAUAUUAUUCCAAAUUACAAAAUAUUGAAAAAUCAAAUGAAGCUUAAGUGACGUGAGGCAUCGAAAUCGAAUUGACUAGGAAAAUGGACAUAGUAACUGCAUAAUGAGUUGGAGUUAUUCUAUACCAAAUGUGUGAUAUAACAACGUUUGUGCUGUCGCAUUUUUUUAGCUGGUGGAGGUGUAUGCUUGUUAUUAAUGUGAUUGAAAUAUAGUGAAAUUGCAUUUCACCAAAUUUGCUUGACUUCUUCUUCUUUCAUAUCUGUUACUGUGAAACUCAUUUGCAUUUCACCAAAUUUGCACCGUCUUUGAAGAAAUUAAAUUAAGAUGAUACAUAAAUUUGUCAACAAUCAUUUUAAGUUCAGUAUUGUACGUUUUUAAUCGUCUCUAAUUUCCACCAA